UGUUUAUGUUUACAUUCAAAAAGACCUGCGCAAACUUAGUUUAUAUUAAACCGAGUCUUAGCUACCAGAAUAUGUGGAAUAUCAUAUGUGCAAUAUCAUAGUCCGGAGAAAGCAAGGAUGUGGAUAUGGCCUCCGAAGAAAGUACGCAAGUGGACGCCCUGAUGAUGGAGCCGAUCUCCAAGUUGAGUAUGCUGCUCACUGGGUUCUCAAUUUUCUGGAGAUUCGUAUCCAUCUUCAUCAAUUGGAGUCUGGCCUACGAGUAUUGGAUGGAGGAGGACUACGGCUACUGCGGGUGGACAGUGGGCUCUAUUUUGGUGCCCAUGACGGUCACAUCGGUGAUAUAUAUACACACUUUGAAAGCCGGUCAUUCGGGGGAGAAACGCAUCCUGGAAAGGGGAGUCUACUCAAACGUUGUGAUCUCGUACCUUUUUCGCGAUGUCUACGCUCUAAACUAUGCUCUUAAGUAUACGGAGGCAAAAAGGCGGGAUGAUCAGCAGGAGGAGAUCAGAUAUUAUCAAAAACUUACGACGGAAGAGUGCAAUGUCAGCUUUGUGCGGCUCUUUGAUUCAUUUUUGGAAUCCGCACCGCAGAAAAUACUACAGCUCGUUAUAGUUUUGCGAUCGAUCAAGGACUUUACAUACUUUCGCCUGAUUGCGUUCGUCGUGUACUUUGGCAACAUAGCGUGGUGCAUCCAGGCGUACAACCACUCCAAUCGCCUGGUGCAGUUGGACAAACAUGAUAUUGCGGCCAAGGGAAGGUCCCUGCAAUUUCUCUUCCUCUUCUGUCUAACUGUUUCGAGAACGCUUUGCAUUGCAUAUGUGGCCAGUCUCUAUCCCAUCGAAACACUGAUCUUCUGUGCGGCGCACGCCUGCUUUUGUGGCACGAUUGUAUUUUUUGUGGACUCCCCCAUGAUCGCCGAAUCCCGCUUUAUGAACUACCUGUACUGCCUUUGCUUUGGCGUAGUGUACUUGUUUAUUUUCACACCCGUUAAGGAUGCACCAACCAAGUAUAAAUACGUGUUCUACCUGUCAUUCUGCCUAUUGCAAAACUCACUCGCCUGCGCCCUGUACAUUCCCCUAUAUCUUUCCAUUGCCAUUAUUGCCUUGUACGUGGUCGGAAUUAUGCUUAUAGUAUUCUACUACACCAACUGCCAUCCCAAUACCAUACCAACUUAUUUUUAAAGUAGUGUAAUCUCUUGAUAAUAAACG